UGUCUGUCUCUCCUCAACCUGCAGGUCCACCAGACAACCUGGAACCUGACAUGGUCUCCAUGCCAGCCAGCAAUUGAAGUGAACUGAUAAGAGACAUGAACGAGGGUGGCAUAGACGCCACAGCCUUCGUCCUUCUCUCCAAUUGUGUAUCAUUGGCUUCUUGUGUCUCUUACUCGGGCAAGGGCUCGACUGGACGGCGUCUACAGGGGAGAGGGCAUUGCGGAUGCACCAGACAUGAACGUGCAGUCACUGGCCUGGCUCGUCUGGAGAGGAGGAUGGCAAAGUAUUAUCCACGGAGGGAGGGGUGAUGAGGAAGAUUCAAUGAGGCAGGAAACGAAAAGCAAGGCAAGUAGGACGGGACGAGAGACAAUCG